CUUAAGGAAAGUCUGGCAGAAGAGAAAGUGCACAGUCAGGAAUGGCUAUUUUACCAUUUCACACAGUACAUUAAAUCGUCUUCCGGUGAAGCUGAAUUUGCUCACUUGUCAAGUUAAACCAAAUGCGGAUGACAAGAAGUGUUUUGAUCUUAUUUCACAUAAUCGGACAUAUCACUUCCUGGCAGAGGAUGAACAAGAAUGUAAUAUAUGGAUUUCUGUUUUGAGUAACAGUAAAGAAGAAGCUUUGAAUGUAGCCUUCAAGCAAGCCCACGACAAGGACAGAUACAACAUGGAGAAUCUGACGGGAGCAAUCAUUGAGGAAAUAAAGCACAUGCCAGGAAACAACAUGUGCUGUGAUUGCUCAACACCAGAUCCAGCAUGGCUUUCCAUUAAUUUGGGGGUCCUAAUUUGCAUUGAAUGUUCUGGGAUUCACCGAGAGUUGGGUGUUCAUCACUCCCGCAUCCAAUCAUUAGCCUUGGACAAAUUGGCCACCUCAGAGCUUCUGUUGGCCAAAAAUAUUGGAAACUCACGAUUUAAUGACAUAGUAGAAGCCAACCUUCCCAAUUCAUCUUCAAAGCCAACUAAAGACAGUGCAAUGACUCAUCGGAAACAUUUCAUAAUUUCGAAGUAUGUUGAUAGGAAGUAUGUUAUUCCAAGGAUCAUGAGGAGUCCGGUUGCCAAGCUCAAGAAUUUGGAGAUUGCUGUCAAAGAGAAGGAUAUAUUUAUUUUGCUUCAAGGAUAUGCAGAAAAAAUGAAUUUAAGCGAGCCUGUUUUGGAAUUUAGCCAGGAACCUAGAGAGACACUUCUUCAUCUGGCAGUCCUACUUAGUGACCGAACCUCUUUGCAUAUUGUAGAUUUUCUGGUGCAGAACAGUGGGAGCCUGCUGAAACAGACAUCCAAGGGAAAUACUCCCCUUCAUUAUUGUAGCCUUCAUAAUAAACCUGAAUGCAUAAAACUCCUUCUGCGAGCAAAAGCCAACAUCACAAUCACUAAUGAAGCUGGAGAGACAGCCCUUGAUAUUGCUAGCCUACUGAAUCAUACUACAUGUAAAGAUCUGAAAGUUGUAGAUGAAGCUUUGAAAAUUUCGAGUUCUCAGCCAUCUGAACUCUCUGAAGAUUCCUGGCAGCAAGCUGCCUUGGAAGGAAUGGAUUCCGAGCCAAACCAAAACUCAAGAGAGAAUCACCGGGCUUCUUCUCGGUCUUCUGAAUCAUCAGAUGACAUUCCUCCACCACUGCCAAAAAGGGGGCACAUGAAUACAUCUUUUCUACAUCGUGUCAGAGCCCUUUAUGAUUGUCAGGCUGAUCAUGAAGAUGAACUCACUUUCGUGGCUGGAGAAAUCAUUAUAGUAGAAGGACAAGAGGAUUCCAACUGGUGGCAUGGCAGGAUUGAAGGAUACCCUCACAGAAAAGGUGUCUUCCCAGUGUCGUUUGUUUAUAUACUACCUGAAUAAGAAUACAUCUAAUACACUCAAAGUACAAUUCACUCUACUGUAACAGGGCCUCCUGCCCUCUCAAAACACAAUCAAUAGUUGUAAAGAAACACUUGCUGGAGUUGAAAUACAAAUCAUUGGUACUGAAAUGUCAUACAGAAGACUAAUAUUUCUCCUCAAGUCAUUGGCAAGAAGUCCACUGAAUUAUUUUUUAAAUGGUACCAGAACUGCAAGAGUUAUUUGAUGAACUCAUCAAACAUACAUGUGUUAAUGGUGCAAUUUCUUGCUGUCGCUGUUUGUUCAUGAAUGCAAGUGGUAUGUGGGUACCUUUCAAAUGCUACUGUCAUCCAGCUGUUAGGCUACAGAAUGAUUUAAGAAAAAAAAAUCACUGUUCCAAAAUUUAUCAGUGUACAUAAUAAUGUAAUUCACAAUAAUAAGAGAUAAAGAAAGAGAAGAAAUGAAUCAAACAUGUCAUAAGAAAAUGCCUGUGCCUAUUGCUUAUUUCUAAAUGUGAGAAACACAUAAGAAAAAAAAUUCAAAUGUAUAGUGUUUCUGUAUACUUCUCUUCCCUGUAUUCAUGAAACAUGAGGGAAAACAUUCUCAGAAAUAAUGCUUUAGAAUGUCUAUGGAGAUUUUCAGUCAUCCAGGUCAUGGUUGUCCCAAAGGUAGAUUUUGUUUUUCCUUGAAGAUAUUUCACUUCUCCUGCAAGAGAUGAGAAGUGAAACGUCUUCAAGGAAAAGCAAAGUCCUGUUGCCUUUUGAAAAAGCACCAUUGGGACAAUGUCUUGGGAAUUGCAAAAUUCCAGUAUAUUAGUUUUUGAAUUAAAACAAUCAUGUUGUUUCUGAUUUUUCUGUACAUCUAAUGUGCAAUUUAUGUAUUCCAUAAGGAUUCCUACUGAGGGAUGAAGAAGAAUGUGGGAAAUUUACUUGCAUAUGAAAUAUCAAAAAACAAAAAUCACAAAAUAUAUUUCAGUUUCUGCAAACCCAUCCAGUCCUUUCUUGAAAACAUUGUUUAUUAUGGAAAGACAAUAAUACAUACACUAAUUCAGAGUCUUUUAAUUUUCCAGUUAGAUGC